UUUUAGCGGAAAUCCAAGUAAGCAUGGUAGCUAGCCUGACGCUAGUCCGCUAACUUCAGUAUGGUCAGCCAACCGACGCACGGGGUCCUUUGACUCUCCGUGUUUUACUCGCUAACGUGAAAUGAUUCGAAUGUCGUGUCGAAUGUGGUGAUAUAGUCGAUAUUUACUGUUUCGUUUAAUUUCAUUUAUUUUUUAAAACGGAAACACCAGCCUGUGCGUAACAGCGAACUCUUCUCUGUAUCCCUCACCUCCCCGACCAGCGUCCUGUGAACACUGCUAGCUAUGAUGUGAUUAUGAAUAACUGCCGUCGCGGGAAGUUAUAAUUGACAUUAUCAUAGCUGAAUGGCUACAAUAGCAGCUUGUCUGCCUUCAUUUAACGCCUGCAUGCUGUUAUUUCGACAGCCAUUUGAGCUCCGCGUCGGGAGGAACCUCUAUAUUUUCUUGGCGGAAAUAACCGAAGAGACCGCAUCCACAGCACUGUAGUUCACGUACGAAAAGAUGUCUUUCUUCAAUUUUCGGAAGAUAUUCAAGUUUGGGCCUGAUAAGAAGAAGAAGCAGUAUGAACAUGUACAUAGAGAUGUUAACCCAGAAGAAUUUUGGGAGAUCAUUGGGGAACUGGGAGAUGGAGCGUUUGGGAAAGUGUUCAAGGCUCAGAACAAGCAGAAUGGGACCCUUGCUGCUGCCAAAGUUAUUGACACUAAGACAGAGGAUGAAUUGGAGGAUUACAUGGUAGAGAUUGACAUCCUGGCCUCCUGCAACCACCACCACAUCGUCAAACUGCUGGAUGCCUUCUAUUUUGAAGGCAAACUUUGGAUUUUGAUUGAGUUCUGUGCGGGUGGUGCAGUGGAUGCCAUCAUGUUGGAGCUGGAGAGGCCCCUGACAGAGCCCCAGAUCCGUGUGGUGUGUAGGCAGACCUUGGAGGCCUUGUCUUACCUCCAUGAGAACAAGGUCAUCCACAGAGACUUGAAAGCCGGGAACAUUCUCCUCUCCUUGGAUGGAGAUGUGAAACUGGCUGACUUUGGGGUGUCUGCUAAAAAUACCAAGACCUUACAGAGAAGAGAUUCUUUCAUCGGCACUCCGUAUUGGAUGGCCCCAGAGGUGGUAAUGUGCGAAACUUCCAAGGACCGUCCGUACGACUACAAGGCCGACAUCUGGUCCCUCGGGGUAACCCUGAUAGAGCUGGCACAGAUUGAGCCACCCAACCACGAGAUGAAUCCCAUGAGAGUGCUGCUGAAAAUAGCCAAGUCCGAGCCGCCCACACUCAUGCAUCCCUCUCGCUGGUCACCAGAAUUCAGCGACUUUCUGCGGAAAGCACUUGAUAAGAAUGUGGACAACAGGUGGAGCACAUUACAGCUUCUACAGCAUCCUUUUGUCACCAGUGUAACUGAUAGCAAACCUCUCAGAGAGAUCAUAGCCGAGGCCAAAGCUGAAGUCACAGAGGAGAUUGAGGAUAGCAAAGAGGAGGAGGAGGAGGAAGAGCCUGAUACACCUGUGGCGGUUCCUGGGCACAAGCGAGCACCGUCCGAUGCCAGUGUGGCCAGUUCAGAGGAUGACAAAGUCCCACCAACUCCUUCCACGCUGGAAUCUGUUACAGAAAAGAAAGAGGCCAAGCCUGCUGAGGACCGGACCAGUGAUAAGCUCUCUGAUGAAGGACUUGGAACAAGUGAAGUUGACAAGACUGAGGAGGAGAAACUCAAUGAGGUUUCUGAUGCCAGUAAUGAAGACCUGGCCUCUGGGCUAAUAGAGCCCACCAAGGACUUUAUCUCACAAGAUCCUACCGAGCCUAAACCAGAAGAUGGCCAGGCUGAAGAGAUUCCUGCUGAGCCUGUAGUAUCACAGCCAGAAGAACCUGUAGAUACAGCGAAUACCCAAGAACUUGUCACAGAUGAUCAAGAAACAGAGGAGGAACAGAAGGAGAUACAAGAGAAAACAGAGGAUGAACGUACCCAAGUAAUAGAAGAAGAAAGAGAACCCGAGGAGGUAAAAGAAGAGGAGGAAGAAAAAGAAGCAGGUACAGAAGAAUCCAGAGAAUCACAAAGGCAACCUGAAGAUACACCAGAAGAACCAGAAUCCAUAUCAGCAGAAGUGGCUCAGGCAGAAGAAGAAAGCAAAGAACUAGAUGAAGAGAUGCCUCAACAUAAAGUGACAGAGGACAGAAUAGAUGACACAGCUAAUGGCACAGAUGUAAAUAUAGACACAGAGAAUAUAGAAUCAAAUGUAAUGGACACAAACAUAAAUGGAGACACAAACACAAAGUCGAGUGUGGAUGAGUCCUCCGUUGAGGUUUUGUUGGAGAAGGAGGCCAUAGAAAGUCAGCCAGAUGAUAAGCCUGAGGAUGAGGCCCCAGUGGAGGCAAAGCAGCCUGAACAAGACAAUCACCCCAGGGAGGAGGUUGAACUGGAGGAACAGGCACCAACUGAAUCCACAAAUGGAGUCAGUGAUGAAGCCAAAGACACCUCUGAGGAUUCAGAACAAGUGGUGCCAUGUAACGAUGUCCCUGUGAAGGAAGAUGAGGAGAAAGCCACUCAUGCAGAUGAGAGCACUUCCCAAGAUGCUGUCUCUGUCCCGGAGAUUGAAACCGAUUCAGAAAAUAAGAUCGAGCAUGGAAGCCCCACUGUGAUCAAGCCGGAUGUGGAGAAGGACUCUGACUCUGGAAGCAGCUCUGCUGCUGAUAGCAACAGCCUUGACCUCAAUCUGUCCAUCUCCAGCUUCCUGUCCAAGAGCAAAGAAGGGGGCUCACUGUCUAUGCAGGAGUCAAAACGUCAGAAGAAGACUCUGAAGAAGACACGUAAGUUCCUGGUGGAUGGUGUGGAGGUCAGUGUGACGACAUCAAAGAUAGUGACAGAUAACGACACCAAGAGUGAAGAGAUGAGGUUCCUGAGGCGGCAGGAGUUGAGAGAGCUGCGCCUCCUGCAGAAAGAGGAGCAGAGGGCCCAGCAGCAGCUGAGCAACAAGCUGCAGCAGCAGAGAGAGCAGAUCUACCGGCGCUUUGAACAGGAAACUGCUGCUAAGAAGCGUCAAUAUGACCAAGAAGUGGAGAAUCUUGAGAAGAAGCAGAAGCAGACCAUUGAGCGACUGGAACAGGAUCACACCAGUCGGCUCAGAGACGAAGCCAAACGCAUCAAAGCGGAUCAAGACAAGGAGCUCUCCAAGUUCCAAAACAUGCUGAAGAACCGGAAGAAAGAGGUCAAACAGGAAGUUGGACAGUCACCCAAACAUUUGAGAAAAGAGCUCAUGAAACGCUUAAAGGAGGACCUAUCGCUCCUUAAGACUGCAGAGGCAGUGGCCCAGGUUAUGAUACAGUCUUUUCAGUUGUCCUCAUGCGCACUCUUCAACGCUCAGAUGCAGGAUGAGCAGGAGUUCCUACAGAAGCAGCAGCAAGAGCUGGACGGAGCUCUAAAGAAAAUCAUCCAGCAGCAUAAACUGGAGAUCGCCACUAUUGAGAGAGACUGCCUCAACCACAAGCAGCAGCUGAUGAGAGCUCGAGAGGCAGCCAUGUGGGAGUUGGAGGAGCGCCACCUGCAGGAGAAGCACCAGCAGCUGAAGCAGCAGCUGAAAGACCAGUACUUCCUGCAGAGACACCAGCUGCUAAAGAGGCAUGAGAAAGAGAUGGAGCAGAUGCAGCGCUACAACCAGCGGUUGAUAGAGGAGAUGAAGAACAAACAGACUCAAGAGAGGGUUCGUCUGCCCAAGAUUCAGCGCAGCGAUGCCAAGACCCGCAUGGCCAUGUUCAAGAAAAGUCUCCGCAUCACCGCCACUGCAUCUGUCACCCCAGAGCAGGAGAGAGAGCGGAUAAAACAGUUUGCUUCUCAGGAAGAAAAGAGGCAGAAGAACGAGAGGCUUCAUCAACACCAGAAACAUGAGAACCAGAUGAGGGAUCUGCAGCUGCAGUGUGACUCAAACAUCAGGGAGCUACAGCAGCUACAGAAUGAGAAAUGCCACCUUCUGAUUGAACAUGAGACCCAAAAGCUGAAGGAGCUGGAUGAGGAGCACAGCCAAGAGAUAAAGGAGUGGAGAGAGAAGCUAAGACCCAGGAAGAAGGCAUUAGAGGAGGAGUUCACACGGAAGCUGCAGGAGCAGGAGGUCUUCUUCAAGAUGAGCGGUGAAUCCGAAUGCCUUAACCCCACCACCCAGAGUCGAGUGUCCAAAUUCUACCCCAUCCCAAACCUGCAAAACUCUGGUUUAUAGCCUCGUGUCUGUCUGUGCUACAAAACAGACUCCUAUCAAACCUGGCUGCGCUCACACACUCGUCCUCAUCAUCAUCCGACCGUUACUGAUAAACAUGAAAAAUGUCUUCACUGCUUUGAUUCCACCAUUAGUGAGCAUGACAUGCCUACACACCGUUCCCUCACUUAAUCAGUUUUUCUCAGCUUGUUGGGAAACGUCCAAUGGAUAAUAUGCACUUUUUUGAGCAUGUUAAAAGUUAGCUAAGGCCAAUUAUUCGUAUCAGAUUAUAGUAAGCACAGCCUGCUACAGUAUGAAUGAUCUCCAGUGCCUCGUAUGUUUUUUCUUUCUGCAAUUAGGCCCUUCCCCUGUGUUUAAUACAGCUUGCAGUAAAUACAGUGCCCCCUGAAUGUCUUGCACUUAAAUAACUCAUUAUAUAUAUAUCAUUUCCACCCGUAAUCACAAACUGUUGAGAGAUUAUUUUAAUCAUUUCACAUAAGCUGGUGAUUAAGCCAACGUUGAGAUCUUGUUUUGCUGCAUGUGAGGUCGAGCUGGUUCAAGGGAGAUGAACUGAUGAGUCUGUGCACUCGAAAAGAAAAAGUCUAUAGUUGCAAGACUUUGUUACAUCUGUGUAGUCUUACGUGUCGUCAUGGGAGUCAAAAACAGCACCAUGUUGGGAUCAUAAGGCUGUGAGUUCAAAUUAAAAGGAAUGUACUGUGCUGUAAAUUAUGCGCUAAGUGAAAUGUUACAUGUGUGCACCUACUUAUGAAGUUUAAUCAGAUACUGUGCUUACCAUGAGGAUUUUACAGUCUUGCGAGAUGAAUAAACAAAAAGAUAUCUAUCGCUUUAGCAUGUAAUGUCAUGUCAGUGCUGUACUCCCAAACACACAUUCCCCUGUUUAGUUCAACACAGAGGUGACCUGUUAACUUACCCUAACCCUGGAGAAUGAUAAAAUACUUUUUUUUUUUUUUUUAAUAUAGAAAAUAAAUCACUUUACCUUCUGGGUGUUAUUUGGAGAGGUGUUCUCACAAAGGAAUGCUUUGUUGUGAAGUAUGAAUACUAAAGGAAUGUAAAGUUGUUGAUUUGCACUGUUUUGCCACUUGAGCUAAAGAAAAAAUAUGCAGUAGUAAAAACUGUCAAUGUAUGUUUGACAGUGAGUCACCUUUGUCUCACCCAAGCCUAUUCAAACUCCAAACUGACUGAAUUGUUUCAACAUUUUUACUUAUAAUUUUACCUUCUUUUUUUUUUCUUUUCUUUUUUUCAAAUAUGCCCUUAGUAUUUUAUGACCACAUCUAGUUUUCUAAACAUGUAUUCCUGAUAUAUUGAUGCUGUAAUCGCUCGUUUUGGUGAGCUUUUGCUCUUGUUGAGACCAGUGUUGUAUGAAAGGUAAAUGCUGUAUCUGUAACUGUAUGAGUUUCAAUGUGUGAGAUGUCCUUCGCUGUAUUUUAUGAACAAAAUGAUGGUUCACAAAAAGAGACCUACUUCGAGAUAACGAUACCUGAUAUACCUAUAUUAUUUUGCCACUGCAUAUCAUCGAUGCAUGUUAUAAUUGCUGUACGCUGACAUUAACAUUGACCUGUGUUUUGUCAUGAAUGCUGGAUUUUUAUUGGGGUUAUUGGAGACUGUGUCUUGUGAAUUACACCAUACGCCCCAUAGAUUUCAAAUAUUUUUUUAUUUUGUUGAGUUACAGCAUUUUGAUGUGUCGAUAAGUUGUCCUUCUUCCACAAUGAAUAUUCUUAGUAUAUUUUAUGUCAGAUCAAAUGUAAUUGAAGUGUCUUUAUAAAUGGACAUUUUUUUGUUGUAAAUAAAACAUUGACAUUGUUUAUUUGA